AUUAGGAGCUCCUACUUUUGACACUAUCGUUAAGACCGUCUGUGCGAAACUGUUUUGGACCACACUUUUUUUUCGAAAGACCUGUGAGUCACUGCUGCAUUUGGCAACUGAUGGACAUUUGAGGACAGGACAUUUGAGAGUAGCAAUCGAUUGGUGGACAAUAUGCAAUAUCACAGGAACGUCUCUCUACUCAUACUGAUGGUCCUUCUGGAAGUUCACUGUAGCGCGGGUAUCUACUGGCUAGGUCUCACGGUGAAUGGUAGCUCAGUGGGUUGGAAUCAGACGCACCACUGUAAGCUCCUUGACGGGUUGGCCUCAGACCAGCUCCAGCUCUGUCGACGCAACCUGGAGCUCAUGCACAGUAUCGUGCACGCUGCCAAACUGACAAAGAAUGCCUGCCAGAACACUUUCAAAGACAUGCGAUGGAACUGCACGUCAAUUGAGAGUGCGCCUCAUUUCACACCAGACUUGGCAAAAGGUACCAGAGAGUCGGCGUUUGCGUUUGCCCUCGCUGCCGCUGUUGUGAGUCACUCCAUUGCGAAGGCUUGCGCCUCCGGAGAGCUGCCGAGUUGCACGUGUGGUCCAGCCCCAGCGGAGCAAGCCGGUCCUGACUUCCGAUGGGGAGGCUGCGGAGACAACAUUCGCUACGGGCUUCAGAUGGGCUCCGCGUUCUCUGACGCGCCCAUGAAAAACCGUAGGUCUGGGCCUCAAGCGUUCAGGCUGAUGCACCUACACAACAAUGCGGUGGGCAGACAGGUCUUGGUAGAUGCUGUGGAGACAAAGUGCAAGUGUCAUGGUGUGUCUGGGUCAUGUUCUGUUAAAACAUGCUGGAGGGGGUUGCAUGACAUCGGCCAUAUUGCAGAGGAUCUAAAGGCCAAGUACCUUUCAGCCACAAAAGUGAUCCAUCGCCUUGUUGGCACACGCAGGCAACUAGUUCCCAAAGAGCUGGAUGUGCGACCUGUCCGAGAGAGUGAACUUGUCUACCUUGUCAGCUCACCUGACUAUUGUAAGACUGAUGCCAAACACGGGUCCCUUGGCACACAAGACAGGGAGUGUAACAAGACGUCGAGUGGCAGUGACAGCUGCGGUCUGAUGUGCUGCGGUCGAGGCUACAACGUGUACACAGAGCAAGUGGUGGAACGCUGCCACUGCAAGUACCACUGGUGCUGCUACGUCACCUGCAAACAAUGCGAGCGCACAGUGGAAAGGUAUGUCUGCAAGUGAACCCUGGAGUCAGAAGAAGAAGAGGGGAAAAAAAAGACAACGAGGAGCGACAAAUGGACAAAAGGAGAGGGUUACGAACUGGAACCCAAACAAAGUGCUGGGUCCACCCCCGCAUCAGGCUCUUUUCUUCAAGACGAAAGACAUGCCUUUUGUGGCUGCGUGUGUGACCAUGGCGACACCUGGCCGAAACCAUAGUGAUGGUUUACAGACAACAGCAUAGCUCUGACAGGACCCAGGCUCUGUUUACGUGCAGGUGAUGGACGGAGGGCCCCGAGGUUCCCUCUGAAUGAACGACGCUGUUUGGAGAAAGAAAAAAAAAAGACAAUUGGGAAGGAUACCUAAUAAAAGACUUUUCAGAAAAGACACAGAUGGAUGUGGCCUGAGUGCCAACUCUGAACAGACUAAUCCUUACUCAUUAACUCCUUUGCUGAGCAAAGAGAUGCCAGAGAACUCAUGGGCGAGAAGGGGAAUUUGUGGAUGUGGUGCAAGGCGAGCAAACAAUCCAUGGUUAACCUUCUGUCUGUAAAACCCCAACCAAAAUGAUCUAUCCAGAGCAAAGUUUGUAUGUGUGGUUACUUGUAUUUUUUGCUUUUUGUAUAGGCCUACUUCACUGUAAGGAUUUUAUCAGGAAGCAUGUUAGUAUGACCAAUCAUAACAUGUAUGAAAACACCCAUACAUUUUAACUUUUUAGUUUUUCAAGACAAGUGAAAACAAAACAAGUGAAAACAAAAAAGACACUAACGUUGAUCUGAGUUUCAUCAUUAGACAGCACAGUGUCUACCACACAGUGAAAAUGCACUUACAAAUAGGUAAUUUAGGUGAAUCAUGACAUUCUAAACCUGUAGACCAUGCUUCAGGCUUCAUGUCAUGUUUCAUUCAUAAUUAAAGGACAAUUAUGUACUUUUCUUGAUACUGCGAAAAGCCUGCAAUAAUGAAAUACCCAGAAAAUAAACAAAAAUACUUACACUGCCCUACAUUUUAAAUAAAAUGUG